AUGAAAUAUGGAAUACCAAUCUCACCACUUACCAUUAAUUAUAUUUUAAUGUGUUUAAAAUUGAUGACAUUUUAUUCAUUAGGAAAUUCUAAUUCAUUAGCAUCAAUUGACAUAAGUAAUUCUUAUAUAGGAGUUAAUGAAUAUAAUAUGGUCAUAGUGGGAAUAUUAACAUUUUUGGCUAAUUGGUCUGGAAGUAUUUGGUGGGUUUUAGCUGGAAAUUUGAUUAAACUUGAAAUUAUUGAAUUGAGAAUUAAUAAGAUUUGUUCAGAAAGAAGAAUACAAGCUAUAGAAAAUUAUGCUGUUGGAAAUUAUCAUGAAAAUAAUAAUAUCAGUGGUGGAAGUAGAGUUAUUGGUGUCAGUAUAUUUGUUGAAAAUAAUCCUACUAGUUCAACUAGUUCUACUUAUUCUACUACAAUAUUUUCAUUACUUUAUUCUAAUCCAAAGGAGGAUGAUGAUCUAGUUGAUAUGCCAAUUCUUAGCCAAACAACAACAACGAAAUUUAACAAAAUUGAUUGGUGGUGGAAUAAUAUGGUGGAUAUGUGGAAAUGUUAG